AUGAGCUACGAGAAAGUUCCACCUGAAUCGUAUCCUCCUCCAGGAUACCAAUCUCAUUAUCCUCCUCCUGGUUAUCCAUCGGCGCCGCCGCCUCCGGGAUAUCCUCCGCCGCAACACGAAGGAUAUCCUCCACCGCAGCCUCACGGAUAUCCACCACCUCAGUCUCACGGAUAUCCACCGUAUCCACCACCGCGUCCUUACGAAGGAGGUUAUCAAGGCUACUUCGCCGGUAAUUAUCCUCCUCCUCCGCCGCCGCAACAGUGCAACCACUACCAGCAAGAUCACCACCAUUACCAGGAUUCAAACUCUGAUGGCUCUUCUUUCCUCCGUGGAUGGAGCCUACGUGUUUGGUUUAAAGGUCACUCUCUAAAGUUGAAUGUUUUGGGUUCAUUGAACAUGUGUUUUGGUCCAAAUGAUCCUGAUUAG